GUUUGGGCGCCAGUUACUCUGAGCGGUGUUCCAAGUGGAGUUAAUGAUUUUUGAAGCCAUGUUAUAAUUGUUCCCACUAAUAUCAGGAUGCCUGACAAAGCAAAUGCCUCCAAGAAAAAAUCUCAAAAGUUAAAAAGAAAUCCAAAAAGAAAAAUUGAUGAUGAAGAAAAGGAGUUGGCAGAGAAAGAGGUUAGAAACACAAUGAAAAAAAUUAAAAAACAUCCAAAGCAUCUGUCUUCUGAAGUGACAGGAAAAACAAAGCAUGCUAAUCUGAAACAGCUAAAGAUAGCAUCCAACAAGAGAAAAACCUGGCAACCUCUUUCAAAGAGUAGCAGAGAGUAUUUGCAAUCUAUGAUGGAAUCAGUAAUAAUAGCAAUUUUAAGUAAAAGUAUUAAAGAAAAUGAACAAAUUCAAUAUCAUCUCAACUGCCUGAACAAAAGAUUGCUGCAGCUGUGUGAAACGCUAAACGUCCCUCCCAAAAAGCAGAAAGAUUUAACUAAUGUGUCAAGUCUACUGAAAAUGGAAAGGACACAGCACAGAGCUAAUGAAGAAGGUCUGGCAUUAUUGCAGGAAGAAAUAGAUAAAAUAGUGGAGACCACAGAGUCAAUGACUGGGAAUAUUCAAAGCCUCAAAAGCAAACUUCAGGUUCUGACAAGUGAAGUGGAUGAAGAGGAAGAGAAGGUGAAAAAGAUAUUUCAAAUGGAUGGUAGUGAGGUACUCUCUCUUCCAGAACUUUCUCAGAACAGUCUCAAAGCACCAAUACUUCAGAAAGAAAUUUUGAUGCUAAUCCCAAACCAGAACGCUCUUCUAAAGGACUUGGAUGUUCUUCAUAAUUCAUCCCAGAUGAAGGAUAUGUUCACUUUCAUUGAAGAAGCCUACAAGAGACUUGAUGCCUCUUAAGUUUUUAUAGGAGAUUGUUUUAUAUUAAUUUAAAGCUUGUGAAUUUAUAUAGCUGUUAGCCUACCAUGAUACUUCAGAGGCUGAGGCUUCUGUGGGAAUUAUUAUCCCUUAAUAAUUACAUGUACUCUAAAAUUAGCCUGUGCAGAUCUGCUAUAAGCAUCUAGUAUAGUCCUGGAGACUCUGUUUUAGCAACUGGCAAGCCUGGAAAAAUCACAUUUAUUAUUUGCUACAUCUCUGGUUGUUUGCCUGGAACCAUUAAAUAAGAACCACCACAGUCCAUUAGUUAAUAGUGGCUGAAUGGAGGUCAUUUAUUGCUUAGUGCAGAUAAAAUAUGCUACAAGUUAAUAUAUGUAGUCUUUGUGUGGUACCUAGUACCUAGUUUGCUAUCGUUAAUAGCAUUUACCUGGUCUCUUGCAGUUUGUAUCUGGUCAACUAGAUCCUGAGAAACCCCCAAAUGCCUUUACUCUUUUACAGAACUCCCUAGUCUUUUUGUGAAGUAGUUAAGAUUUGCCAGGUGCCUUUAACUGUGAAGGUAGCAUCAACAUUUUAUUUCUUUGGCUGAAUUAGUGAAUAGAUAUUGAAUAUUUAUUUUCCACUGUGAUCAAAGCAUGUUUUU